GUAUCUUGCUUAGAAGGGCUUGGUGGAGUGAGCGCUCCUGGAGAGAGCUGGAGCUGUUUUAUCAGCCCCAAGCGACUAGCUGCGUGAACCAGCGACGCCUCAAUGACCAGAGAAUCCCUUGGGGCUAAUCUGAAAACCCCGUCCCCAGCACAAAACUCAGACUCUGGAGAUGCGCGUGGGCUCCGCGCGCUCGCUGAGUGGCCACCUUUCUGUCAGAGGUUCCCCAAGUGCCAGGGGAAACGGGAAAAGGCCAUUUCCACUUAUUUUGGUACUUCCCUUUAGGGCCUUUAGGCCCCCGAAACUGAUUCCCCCCUUCCUACCAGUCCCAGAGGGGCGAUGCUUUAGGAGGAGGAGGACCAGCCAAGCUCAGAGAGGCGUUGCCUUUUGGGGAAGGAGCUCAGGACAGGCGGGCAGCCGGCAGGCCGGAGAGAGACCGCUUCCAGGCAGGCAGCGCCGGAGGGAGCGCCCAGCCCAGCAAAGAGUUAAAGGGAGGGGACGUGGGCUGUCACGCGUCAUUGGGCAGAUUAUGUGCAGCAAACAAAAAGUGUGUGUCUGCGUGCCAGUCAGUCACUGCAUCGGGUCCAUCUGUACAACUCUCAUUCUCUCUCUCUCUUUCCUCUUACUCUCCUCUCAUUUCGCUCUCCGCAUCUCUCCAUCUCUCUUUCCCCUCUUUAGGCAGCGCCUACUAGACAGCAACCAACACCUCUUGACAUGGAAAUACACUGAUACAAUAGGCAAAAGAAACAGUCGAUAGCAUCUCUCGGUUCCAGGUGGCGUUAUUUGGCCGAUUCUAUCCUGACCUUAUUCCUGGGGACGCUUCGGACCUGCCCUGUACCUUUUCACUUCAUGAGGCACGUGUGACUCAAUCCACCCCCUUGUAUAACAAGUGAUGGAGGAUUCAGGCAUCCAGCGAGGCAUCUGGGAUGGAGAUGCCAAGGCUGUCCAACAGUGUCUGACGGAUAUUUUCACCAGCGUUUACACCACCUGCGACAUUCCCGAGAACGCUAUAUUUGGUCCCUGCGUCCUGAGCCAUACUUCCCUGUAUGACAGCAUAGCUUUCAUAGCUCUCAAGUCUACUGACAAGAGAACAGUUCCUUACAUCUUCAGGGUAGACACCUCAGCAGCAAAUGGUUCCUCAGAAGGUCUCAUGUGGCUGCGUCUGGUUCAAUCGGCCAGAGAUAAAGAAGAGCAGAACCUUGAAGCCUAUAUAAAAAACGGACAGCUGUUUUACCGCUCUCUCCGAAGGAUUGCCAAAGAUGAGGAGUUACUAGUUUGGUACGGCAAAGAACUGACUGAGUUACUCUUGCUCUGCCCCUCUAGACCCCACAGCAAAAUGAAUGCAGGGUCGUCCCCUUACACAUGCCUGGAAUGCAGCCAACGUUUCCAGUUUGAGUUCCCCUAUGUGGCGCAUCUGCGCUUCCGCUGCCCCAAGAGAAUUCACAGCGCUGAUAGGAGCCCCCAAGACGAACAGGGUGGCGGCGUGGGCACCAAGGAUCACGGGGGCGGCGGCGGCGGUGGCGGUGGCAAGGAGCAGCAGCAGCAGCAACAGCAGCAGCAACAGCAACAGCAACAGGAGGCGCCCUUGGGCCCGGGCCCCAAGUUCUGCAAAGCCGGCCCGUUCCACCAUUACCCGACCCCCUCCCCGGAGGGCAGUAACCCUCCUGCGACUGGCGGCGGCAGCUCGAAGCCAUCCACGGACUUUCACAACCUGGCACGGGAGCUGGAAAACUCCGGCGGAGGUAGCAGGUGCUCCCCGGUUCGGAGCCUCAGCAGCAGCAGCAGCAGCAGCAGCAGCAGCAGCAGCAGUGGCCACCAGGAGGCGGAGCUGAGUCCCGACGGCAACGCCGCGGGCCUGGGCAAAGGAAAGAGGAAAUUCCCAGAGGAGGCGACUGAGGGCGGUGGCGGCGCGGGGCUUGCGGGGGGCCGAGGCCGCUUCGCCGAGCGGCCCCUGCCCGCCUCCAAGGAGGACCUGGUAUGCACGCCGCAGCAGUACCGAGCCUCGGGCAGCUACUUCGGCCUGGAAGAGAACGGCCGCCUCUUCGCACCGCCCAGCCCGGAGACAGGCGAGGCGAAGCGCAGCGCCUUCGUGGAGGUGAAGAAGGCGUCCCGAGCGCCUGGACUGCAGGAGGAGGCGGCAGCCGAUGGCGGGGUUGCAACCGUCGACGACCAGGACGCGGGUAGCGGCGGAGGCCCCUCCACGCCCGUGGCCGCGUCGCCGGCUAGUGCCGAGAAGCUGCUGGCCCCGCGGCCCGGGGGCCCGCUACCCAGCCGGUUGGAGGGCGGCAGCCCGGCUCGUGGCAGCGCUUUCACCUCGGUGCCGCAGCUGGGCGGCAGCGGCGCUGGGGGCGGCGCGGGCGCGGGCAGCGCGGGUGGCGCGAGUGGCGCGGGCAGCUGCCAAGGCGCCGCGUCGGACGAGCGCAAAAGCGCCUUCUCGCAGCCGGCGCGCUCCUUCUCGCAGCUGUCCCCGCUGGUGCUGGGCCAGAAGCUGAGCGCCCUCGAGCCGUGCCACCCCAGCGACGGUGUGGGUCCCACCAGACUCUACCCCGCUGCUCCUGACCCUCUAGCAGUGAAGCUCCAGGGAGCCGCAGACCUGAACGGAGGUUGCACGGCCCUGCAGAGCGGCGGUGGCGGCCUUCCCAAACAGAGCCCCUUCCUCUACGCCACCGCCUUCUGGCCCAAGAGCUCCGCAGCCGCGGGGCCGCUGCAGCUACAGCUGCCCUCGGCGCUUACGCUGCUGCCUCCCUCCUUCACCUCGCUGUGUCUGCCCGCGCAGAACUGGUGUGCCAAGUGCAAUGCCUCCUUCCGCAUGACCUCCGACCUAGUAUACCACAUGAGGUCGCAUCACAAAAAGGAGUACGCCAUGGAGCCCUUGGUGAAGCGAAGGCGGGAAGAGAAACUCAAGUGUCCCAUUUGCAACGAGUCCUUCAGGGAGCGCCACCACCUCUCCAGGCACAUGACCUCCCAUAAUUGACACCGAAAGGACCCCAGCUUUCCACUCGGCACGUCCACGCACAGCACAGUCAAGCCACCUGUAGGAACAAACACGUGAUGGCAUCCACCACCUCCUAGUGAUCUGAGACAUUGCACCCAGAGAGACGGUCACAUCACACACAGAGUCUCAAACACGUGGGCUCCUCCAGUAAUCUCAUUCAAAUGUUUACCUGCCACCUACACUACGCACACACGCACGCACACACAGGAUGGUGGAUUUUUGAUUGGGUGGGUUGUUUUGAGGGGUUUUCUUUUGAAUGCACGCAUUUUCACUUUCCAAAAAACAAAGGUACAUUUUUUAAAAUGUCAUAUAUUGCAACAUAUUGAUGCAUUUGUCAUACGUUUCUACUUAAAUUAUUAAGAACUUACAGUUUAGAUGUAAUAAUUGUAUGUAAGGGCAAAAUUUAUUUUAGAUAAAAAGUAAAGGAGGAGAAUGAGAUGCUUUCUGCAUUUCUUGAUGACAGUUUGUGUUCUUACAAAAAUCAACAAACGGGGGUGACUAUUCAAUCAAAGUUUCCAGGGGGAAGUGCAUGUAUCAUGAAACGAUUAUGGACUUCAAUGAAGAAUGUCAUCAUUAUGUAAAUAUAUAUUUCCUUUUAAAGAAAGUGUAAUUUUGUGCCAGUGAAAUGGAGUCUGAAUAGUUAUGUGUUUCUUUUAUCCCUGGAAAGAUUUAUUAAACUUUAUAGAUGAUCUGGG